AUGGAUGAAGUUUAUGAUGUUAUUGUACUUGGAACUGGCUUGAAGGAAUGCAUUCUUAGUGGUAUGAUGUCAGUAAGUGGAAAGAAAGUUUUACACAUGGAUAGAAAUAAGUAUUAUGGAGGGGAAAGUGCAUCUCUAACUCCAUUAGAAGAUAAAGAUGUUCCAAAAGAAUAUGGCAGAACAAGGGACUGGAACAUUGAUUUAAUUCCAAAAUUUCUCAUGGCUAACGGUCGUCUGGUGAAGUUAUUGAUCCAUACAGGUGUGACACGUUACUUAGAAUUCAAAUCUGUUGAAGGGAGUUACGUGUACAAAGCUGGGAAAAUUCAUAAGGUCCCCGCGAGUGAAACUGAAGCGCUUGCUUCAGGGUUGAUGGGUUUAUUUGAGAAAAGAAGAUUUCGCACGUUUCUUCAAUUUGUGGAUCAGUUUAAUAUUGAUGACCAAAAAACAUGGAAAGGAUAUGACCUCGGAAACAUGACAAUGAGGGCAAUAUACGAAAAGUUUGGAUUGGAUGAAAAUACGGCUGAGUUCACUGGACAUGCACUUGCUCUCUAUCUUAAUGAUGAGUUAGAAUUUAUAAAAUGUUUAGCAUUUUUAUUAUAA